AUGGCAGCGAGCGCGACCACGGGGGUGCUGAACCCUCUCCUCGGCAAGCUCGGCCAGCUGCUCGGCGAGGAAUACAAGAAGCUCACGGGGGUGAGGAAGCAGGCCUCAUUCCUCAAGGACGAGCUCAGCGCCAUGAAAGCUCUGCUCGACAAGAUGGAGCUCAUGGACAAGCUCGAUCCCACGGCCAAGAACUGGAGGGACCACAUCAGGGAGAUGUCCUAUGACAUGGAAAACUGCAUCGAUGAUUUUAUUCAUGACAUUCAAGGUGCCGAUGCAAAGAAAGGCUUCGUCAGGAAGAUGGCUCGGCGGCUCAGGAGGCUGGGGAGGCGUCAUCAGAUCGCCAACCGCAUCGAGGAGCUCAAGGUUCUCGCGGUGGAGGCGAAUGCUCGGCGCGAGAGGUACAGGAUUGAUGAUUGUAUCAAUUCGAGUUAUGACACCGUGGUUGUGGAUCCCCGAAUGACGGCGAUUUAUAAGGAGGCAACAGGCCUCGUUGGUAUUGAUGCCCCAAAGGAAGAGCUGGUUAGUUUGUUGAUGGAUUCCAAGAAAGAACUUAAAGUGGUUUCCAUUGUGGGGUUCGGAGGUUUGGGUAAAACUACACUUGCCAGCAAAGUGUAUGAUGAGAUUGGAGGGCAAUUUAACUGUAUGGCAUUUGUUUCCGUCUCCCAAAGACCAAAUGUGAAAAAUCUUCUCAGUGCACUACAAUUCAAUAUUGGGAUCAAGGAUUCUUCCCAUGUUCAAGAGCUGCAAGACAUUAUUAACCGCCUUAGGGAACACCUCAAGCAUAUGAGGUACUUUAUUCUAGUUGAUGACUUGUGGGAUGAACCAACAUGGAACAUUAUUAGUUGUGCCUUUCCAGAAAAUGCUAAUGGAAGUAGAGUAAUGGUAACCACACGACUGGAGGACGUAGCUGUUAGGGCAUGCGGCAAUGAUGACUCUAACAUUUACAGAAUGAAGCACCUUGAAGAGAAAUAUUCAACAAGAUUAUUCUGUAACAGAGUGUUUGGAUCUGAAAAUGUAUGCCCACCCCAGUUUGAAGAAAUUUUAGCUGAGAUUCUCAAGAAGUGUGGCGGAUUGCCACUUUCAAUUAUCACCAUAUCUAGCCUAUUAGCCAGCCAAGAAGCAAGAUUGGUGAAUGAAUGGGAGAUCAUAAAGAAUUCUCUUGGUGCCAAGUUUGCCACGAAACCCACCUUGGAAGAGAUGAGGGGUAUAUUAAACCUUAGCUACAUGCAUCUUCCUGUUCAUCUCCGUCCAUGCUUUUUGUACCUCGGCAUGUAUCCGGAAGACCGUGAGAUCUUAAGGGAUGACCUGGUUCGGCAAUGGAUAGCCGAAGGCUUUGUUUGUAGUUUGCACGGAGAUUUAGAUGGCGUUGCAAUAAGUUAUUUCAAUGAGCUUAUCAACAGAAGUUUGAUUCAGCCUGAGAAAACACAUUAUGGGGAGGUACUUUCUUGCAGAGUACAUGAUAUGAUGCUUGAUUUGAUUCUAAGCAAGUGUGCAGAAGACAAUUUUAUCAUUGUAGCAUAUGACAAUGAAGACAUGGAAAGAUUGCACAGAAGUGAGUACAAGGUUCGUCGAUUAUCCCUGAAAUCAAGUGUUGAUGGUGCAACAUCAAACACCCUUGUUACUAGCAUGUCACAAGUUCGAUCAUAUGCACGGUUCGGAGAGUCCCUGUACACCCCCCCUCUUUCACAGUUUAAGUAUCUACGGGUGCUUUGGUUCGAGUUUCCAUAUCAAUGGGAUACAAUAGUCGAUCUCACUGCAAUUGGUCAUUUAUUUUUACUGAGGUAUUUGAAGGUUUCAGCCAUAUCAGCAGGCGUAGCACUCCCAGCUGAAAUUCAAGGGGUUUCUCAUUUGGAAACUCUAGAUUUACAGUGCAAUCCCACACAAAGCUUCCCAUCAGAUAUAACUUGCUUGGUCAACUUGUUUCACUUGGUACUACCGUAUGGUACUGUGCUCCCUGAAGGAAUCCACAAUAUGAAAUCAGUCGGCACCCUGCAUUGUUCGGGCAUCUCGGAGAGUUCGCUGGAGAAUAUAGCAGGCCUUAGUGAGCUGACUAAUCUGAAGGAAUUGACCUUGAGGAUGCCUUACCGCAAGUGCUUGACAGCAGAACAAGUGGAUGCUUUGGUCUUCUCCAUUGGUAUGCUCCGAGGCCUAAGGCAACUCUCCCUCAAAUGUCAUCAUGAAUGGGAUGGUAAUGACAGGCAGCUGGAGUCAUUACCUGAUCCUCCUCCCGGUCUCGAGGUACUCAAUCUAUCAAUGUGGGAGUUCGGUAGAGUUCCGAAAUGGAUUGGUGAACUACGUUGUCUACGGGUCCUCUCUCUUCAUGUCUUGCACCUGUCGAAUGACGAGGUUUGUGUUCUUGGACAACUUCCGUUCCUCGUCCAUGUCUGGCUCCACGUGUCGAAGGUCUCCCAAGACAAAGUUGUGGUCGGCACGCGGUUAUUCCCGGUUCUGGAGUACUUUGCGAUCCGGUCUGAUGAAGACGUCACCGCGUACCUGAGCUUCGACGCAGGAGGUAUGCCCAUGCUACAAACGCUCAUUCUGCGAUUCGGCUGGAAAGAGUGGAGAAGCGCUACGCCGGUCGGCAUGGAGUUUCUGACCUGCCUCAGGGACAUCCGCGUGUGGCUCAAACACACCAGCGGUGUGUCAGGCAAACACCGGCAACGCAUAGGCGCCGAUGUGGAGUCUGCCUUCAGGAGAGCCGCACGGGUGCACACAAGACAUCCAUCUGUUUCAGUUACCUUGCUGGCCGGUUAA